AUGGGCAUGUCUCAGGGCACCUACACCUUCCUGGCCUGUUUCUCCGGCUUCUGGUUGGUCUGGGCCCUCGUGGUCAUGCUCUGCUGCUUCUGCAGCUUCCUGCAGCGGCGGCUGAAGCGGCGCCGUGAGGAGCGUCUCCGGGAGCAGUGUCUCCGGACUGCAGAGACGGAGCCGCUCAGCUGUCACGCUGCAGGAUACCGGCCUCCUCCGCCUCCGCAGCCGCCGCUGCCGCCGCCGCUGCCGCCGCCGCUGCCGCUGCCCAGGGAGCCGCCGCAGUUCUGUCCUCCUCACACGCUGUCGCCGCCACUUCCUCUGCCGGUUCCUCAUCCUCUGCCUCAGGCCACCUGGGUCAGCAUGCCAGACGCCGACGUGCUCGGGAAGCCGCCCUGCUACGAGGUGGCCGUCCUGAUGGAGGACCCUCCUCCGCCCUACAGCGAGGUCUUGGCCGACCCACGGGGGGGCACCUACCUGAAGCCCGCCCCGCCUCGAGCAGCGCCCCCCCCGCUCAGCGAGCACCAGGACCCUGCGCCCGUGUUCACGUGCGAGACCAGCAAGCUUCCUGUGGCGAGCGUGUUCCCCGGCCGAGGCUACUCCUCCCUGAUCCGCCUCCCCUCCUCCCAGCGCUGGGACUCGCUGGGUCACCUCCUGUCCAACAUGGACCUGAACCACAACAACCUCACGCCGCCGCCGCCGCGCUCCCUGCAGGACUCCGCCGCCAUGGCGACCAUGCCACGCCGCGAGCCCCGGACUCAGCACGACGGCCUCGGGAUCAGAGAGUUCCAGGGGCUCGGGGGGGUGCACAGGCUGAGGGGCCUGGAGUCCGGCUGUGGCCUCCCCACAGCCUGCCCCCUGCUGGGCCGGAGCACGGCGGUUUAG